CUUCCACCAAAUUCCAGGACCAGGACCAAGAGGAGCCUCCUGCCCUAUGGGACAUCAGCUGCCAUGCAGAGCAGCACCACCAGCUUCGGUGGGGGAAGCCUGGCCACCAGUAGCAAGCACACAUAUACUGUAAGCUAACUUAAGGUACAAGUCACCGAUCACUGCCUAUCUGCAGGAAGUGUACUGUCGAUGAAAACAGCAUCUAUCGUGACAGAUUGAACCAGAAGAAACCUUUGCGGAAGUGGACAUCAAAGCAGACAGAAAGCUGAUGCCUCUGUGUCAGGCAAGCAUGAAGUCAAUUGCAGUAACUUUCUAUCUCCUCUGUUUUCAGUUUGAAGCCUUGUAUGGAGCUGAUACCUGCUUAUCAAGAUUGUGCAAAAAUAUAGAUAAGCUUCAAGUCUCAGACCCCCAGGGGACAGUAGAAUUUGAAAACGGAAACUUCAAGUUAAUAUUCCCAAACCCCAAAAACGUGAAUGAGUUCAGCAUGACCCUCCUCAAAGGGCAUGAAAGGAAGGCGAUCUGUGCACUCCAUGUGAGCAAGAAGAAAGCCAUCCCAAAGAGUAAUGUCACCUACUGUCAGGCAGAGCAUUCAAAUACCAGCACCACUUUCAUUCUCACAAAUCUGGACAGAAAGCACAUCGACACUUACACCUGCUGCCUGGAGAGUUUAUUACCCCCUCCUUACAUAGAUUGCCACCUGAAAGAAACCUAUUUGUACAUCCAAGAUAAGGAAGACUGCUUUUCACAAGGAACCAUGUCAUGGAUAAUUAUUGGCCUGAUUGCAUUUGCUCUGAUUUCCUGUGUCUGCUGUGUAGUAGCUUGUCGCUUAAGGAACAAGAAUCAGCAGUGUGAAUCUAACUCCCAUGAGUACAACAGUGAAUACAUGCCCAUGGCAGCAGUGAAUGCAGCUAAAAAACCAAGAAUCUGAGGUUGAAGUUGCUUAUGGCAUAGAAAUUCUGGCAGCAGAAGUUUCCAGCUACUUGAACCUGGAUAACGGGAAAUCAGCAUUUCCUCACCUUCCUGUGCCUUCCUGAGCUCUUACAAUAGCUCUGUGCUCAGUCAUGAGAUACCGAUAUCUAGUACCAGUACUGUUCUAAGCUGUUUUGCUCUCACCUUGUGUGUUAACUGGCAGGCUGCCUGAUUCACUGACUUGUGGAUGAAGUGCUAACGAUGUGUUAAAGAUGUCAGCUUUUAGAUGAAGAAAAUGCUGUGUUUGCUUGAGAGUAGAUUCCUGUAGUGCUGCUACAGAGGGAACUUCUAUUUUCUACAGUCUCUAUGGUAAACUUUCCAUUGGGAACAAAAGAAGACUACCUCCAAUGCCGGUCCUUGUGGCUUAGCAAUAAAGCACUGUCAGUGCAUUGCACAAGCCCUUUUGUUAGGGCUAAUCUGUGAUGUCAUGAAUUCAUCCUAAGAUUCACUGUCAACCUUCUUUGUACCACACUAGGAGAGAGCAGUAUGCACACAUGUUCUCCUGCAAGUUGUGAGACAGCAGGGAAACAAACCUGAGAAAGCACAGCAGAGACUUUACUAUGACACAGAACCUCAGCUACACCCAGCUGCAUUUUUCAUAUUUGUGCUGUCAGUACAUCUUUGCCAUUUGUACAUUAGGGGUCCUCUUAUUUAAUUCAAUCCUGAAUUCUCCUAUCAAAAGAGGAAUUUUUACUGCAACUGCUCUUUAAAUCAGUUCAAAGUUGCAGAACUGGUCCCUCAACUAGGAGGCAUGAUCACUCCUCUUCAUGUCUUACAGCCCAAAUACAACAGAGUCCAUAAACCAGUGUAUUCAUGGACUCUGCUUUGCAAUUGUCUUCCUUUUGUGUUUUGAUAUGAAACCUUUACCGCUUCCCUAGUGGGUUUAGGGGUUACUUGACCUGCAAAUUGUUCAGAUCCUAUAAUAUGAAUGAGAUGAUUGAUUGAAUGAAUAAAUGAAUGAAAUGAUCAGUACUUCACACUAUUUGUGAAAUCCACCAAAACUCUGGACCAUAAAUGACCAACUGGGAAUCCUAUCUGGAUAUAUUGCCAACAUCUGGCUGCAUGAAGCAGGGUAAUGCAUUGUUGAGUCUCUUUGUAA